AUGGCAGGACUUGGAUACUUGAUUCCUGGACUCUUGUUGGGUCUGGGAAGCACUGUGUCUGCAUCCCCUUUGGCUGUUCAGCAGCUGAACGCCACUUUCACUAAUGCCACCUCCAUCCCUCAUUACAACAACUACACCAGCACCAAGACUCUUCUGAGCACUGCUACCAUCUACAACACUGCAAGCACCCGUGCGGUCGUUGUUGCAACAGUUGGAGGAUAUCAAUCAGGCUCUUUUCCAAGAUCCUCCUCGGGUGCUGCUGUCAACGCUGAACACUACGACCAGAGCUCUGGUUCUGCUGCUGUGCAAGGCUAUGGCUCUGCUUCUGCGUCUUCAGCCGUCGCUGUUCAGAUUGGGUCUCAAGCUCAGCCCCCAGCAAACUCGGUUGGAUUCCAGACCGUGGUUGUGACCCAGACCGUGGCCGGCUGUGCUCUCGACGAGUCUACUGGUGCACCAACAUCAACCGCCAACCACGCUCCUUUUGCUGUCGCAGCAUCUUCCGUCGGCACUGCUCAGUACGCAGCUGCUACUGUUCAGCCUGCUGUUCAUUGGGACUACCCUCUUGACAACCUUGACAAUCUGAUCCCGUCAAAGAAUGCCAGUCUGUACUACGGUCUUGCUGAUCCUAAGGUUGAGCAUCCAUUUGCAUCUGUCGUCACUGACUUGACUCACGAUACCGUUGUUCUUGACCACUCCUCUUACAUCUCUGGAACCUCGUGUUCCGAAGAUGGUAUUCUUGUUUCUUUCACAACCACCCAAGCUUUCAACUUGGCAUGCGACAGCUGGUCAAGUGUCUCUACCGGUUUGGUCCUCUCGACCUAUGUUGACGGAUGUCACGGUGAGACCGAAGACCAACGCACUUUCUGGUUGAUCGCCUCGCUCUCUUUCGAUAACAAGACCCUGACUAUCAAGGCGGUCGUCAAUGAGGAGCUCGGAAUCGGCUCGAUUGCCCACACGGUUGAUCUCAUCUGGGGUACAUACACGCCUGGAAACAGUGGUUCCUCUGCCAUUGGGGGUAGCACUUCAUCUGCUGGUGGCGCAAAAGUCAGCUCUACUUCCACCUCCGGCUCAGGUGCCAGCAACCCACUCACCGGCGCUGUUCCUACUCGUACCUCAGGUUCGUCCAGCAACGGUACUCUUUACGGAUCUACUUGCGGAACCGCUCCCUCAUCAGUCAUUGAUGGCCUGCCUGCCAUUGAUUGUGGUGACGCGGAAUUCGAUACUCGUCUUGACCAACGUAUCGGCUUCCUUGACACCACUGGCGAUGACUACGCAGCCAGUGUUCGCGACUUCCUCCCUGACGAACAAUUGGAUGCAGAGGAUCUUGCGGACAACGAAGUGGACCUUACUCGCCGCGAUCUGUCUCGACUACAGAAGCGUAGCUUUGGUUCCUGGUUAGUGGGUGGUCUCAAGUCGGUCGGCAACAAGAUCGUAGAUACCGGCAAAGCAGCCGGUACCUUUAUCGCCAAGGGUGCCGGAGUUGUUGUAGAUGUUUACGCUGGUGCUGGCAAGAUCGCUCUGGCUGGUGUUCGCAGUGUUCCCGUUCUCGGAACAGCACUUGACACAGUGAGCGGAGGAGCCCUUCAGGACCUCUCGAACUUCAAUCCCGAGAUCAAGGGUUCUCAAGACUUCAACUUCGGUCCUUCGGCUACUGAAGAUUCUCCUUGGGGCAAAGCGUAUUCGAUCUACUCCAAGAAGAAGGACUUCAACGGCGACAAGGGCAGCGCUGAAGUGAACCUGUAUUGCUACGAUUGCGGUGUGAAGGGUCGAGUAUCAAUGGCAGGGCAAGCUAAAUGGAACGCUAAGGACGGUCUCCAGUCGCUGAAUGCUGGUAUCAACGCUAACAUCGAGGCUGGCGUCCAUCUUGGUCUCACCGCUUCUGCAACUUACAAGGACGAGAAGACCAAGAAGAUCAUCAACCAGCCUCUUCCUGAGGUCGGUGUUUCCGUUGGCAAGCUGUUCACCGCUGGUGUUUACCUUAGCGUUGAUGCAAAGGCUGCAGUCGAUGUUAGCGCUGAGGGUCAAGUUCUUGUUGGUGUCGCUAUGAAGAUCCCUAACUUCGAAGCCAAGCUCAACCUUCUCGAUGCCGAUAGCUCCACCAAGAGCAGCGUUACUGGCUUUACUCCUGAGUUCACCAAGAGAUUCGAAGCUAGCGGCAAGCUCAGUGCCCAGCUUACUUUGAGUCUGCCUAUCGCUAUCAACGCUGGUAUUGAGAUCCCUCCUCUUAACCUCAAGAGAGUGUUGGCUUUGAUCGAGGAGCCCAGUGUGUAUGGCAAUACUACUGUUGCAGCAUCCACUGCAAAUGCCGAACCGGCCAGCGAGACCUGCAACAACGGUAUCGAGUACUUUGCCAAUGUUCAAAACGAUAUCAAGCUCGACUUCCUCGGCAUCAAGACUUUUACACUGCACCACUACGAUUCUCCUCCUCUUCUCAAGGGUUGCAAGAAAUUCGACGGCUCAAAGGCAACAAUCAAGGCCUCCUCAGAAGCUUCUACUGCUACCUCGGGUGACAGCACUGCGACCGCUACUGACGUACCCAAUACUACCACCACUGGUACUGAACCAACGGCAACUGAUGAUGCACCCGAGCCCUCAGGCACCACGACUACAGCUGGGCCUACUGCAACUGACUCUGACGACGCACCUGAACCUACCGAGACCGGUGACGCAUCUGAGCCUAGCACCACCGACUCUGGAGAUGCGCCCGAGCCUACCGAGAUUGGUACUUCUGAUGACGGAACACCCACGCAGACCGACGGAGAAUCUGCUCCUGAAGCCACUGAGGAGCCGACGUCUGGUACUGAAGGACCUGCAUCUGGCACCGAAGGGGAGAGUGUCCAAGAACCUGCUAUAGAGUCUGACGAGCCUGCUACGACUUCUGGUGAGGAGACAUCUGGUGAAGAGCUUCAAAGACGCCAUGCUCGUAGCUUCAUGAUCCGCCGCCAGGACAACACUACCUCGACCACAUCGACUACUGACCCCGAUGCCUCCGAUUCCUCCAGCGACGAUGACAAAUACGUUUUCGACGAUGACAGCAACUACGUCGAGUCUUUCGACAACAACGUCGCCACAGACGCAGAUCUUGCCGACGAUGCCACUGGCGACUACUCCGAAGAUCCCGACAACACCGCCUUUACAGAGAACACAGACAAGGCUCUCCAACUUGCCUCCGCGCCUGAAUCUCCCAGCGACGCAAAUUACACCCAACUAAUCGAUAUCUCAAAAACCCUCGCCGUCAUCCCCAGCGCAAACGGCAACCUCUACGCCGCUACCUACAGCGAAGCCUUGCUCCAAACCGACGCCAACCUCUUCGGCCACUACGACAACUCCAUAUUCGGGGAUGACAGUGGUCGUUACCUCCACUUCCACCCCGACGAGAUGAAAGUCUACGGUGCCAGUCGUCUGCGUCUGAGCGACGAAGACAGUAUUCCCAAAUCUGCUGAUUUCAUCACUUUGACCUUGCAGCAGCUGGAUGAUAGCAGUGCCCAGGAGGUUUACUUUGCUGCUGAUACCUAUGGCAAUUUGUACAACAUUGUCAUGUGCAAUUUUGCCAACAGCGCUGUCAGCAAGCUUUUCGUUGUCAGUGGCCAGAGUGGUUUGGAUGCUCUGGUUGACAACGAGAAUAUCAAAUACACUGUUACCGGUGCACCGGUGCAGGAGUGUUAUCCUCUCGCGCUGAUUGAUGCUCCUGCUUCUUAG